CGUACGGAGCGCCAUCUCCCUUCUCCUACCACGCUACUACGGAGAAGUGCGCAUCUACGGAAACGUUACAUUUUCCUCUUUUGCAUCAUGGAAAAAUCUUGAUACGAUUGCAUUUCAAUAUGGCGAACCGCGACAAAGGACGCAGAAAGUGGGGAGGAUAUUCACAAGAAUCGAUGAGUUCUAAACUGGAGAAAGAUAGACUAGCAGGGAUGCGUGGCGGAGGGAAUAGAGCAUCUCAGGCUUUAUACAGACCAGGAAGCGGACCUUUACGUAAAACAAGCAGGUCCGGCAGCACUGCCGACGAAUACGACAACGAAAUGGGCAUGCAAGACAAAUCCAGAUCAACCUCCGUCCAAUAUCGUUUGAGACAGCCACAAUUCAAUAGAUCCAAUCAAGCAAAGGACAGUCCACCUCUGUCACAGAUUGAAGAUGUAGCUGAGAAAUUGAAUAACACACAUAUCCAUUAUAAAAAUAGCAGUAAUGUUGACCCGACAUCAAGCACUGCUCACAAUACCAGCAACACAGGAGCAGGAGGAGGCGAUCCAAAGAGAAAAAAUAAGAAACCUGAGCAGGCAUUGUAUGUACCGAAGAAAGUGAAGGAAGCAUUGGCUGAACAAGAUGCAACCAACAGAUCUCCCAUUCAUGGUGCCCAUACACAUAGUGCGUGGGAACGAGAGAGAGACGAGAGCGACGAUCGUGAUUCCCACUCCAACCGUAGUCACAAGAGCGAUCGUAAUCGCUCGAGCGGUAACAGCAGUCGGGACAAUGAUUGCGAAAGCAGAAUCAGGGAUGACAAUAGUAAACGAUAUUCGGGUAACCGUCGACAUCGUCAUGUUAAUGAGAACGAGGAGCGUUGGCGAUCCGACUCACCGAUAUCUGCUAAGAACUAUGCAAAUCGAAGGGACAAUUUACGCGAAGUCAGACAGGGCUCAGAACCGUUGUCGGUAACCAGUCAGAUGAAUGAUUUUAACCGUACAAGAGACACUCGUAGCGUGGAACCUACUGGACAUUCCGACAAAUUUCAAGGAAAACCACCUUCAGGCAAGCGAAAUAACGCGAAGGAUAGUUUAUCGAAAAAUAUGAAGCUGGAGCUUCUGCCACCACGGUUACAAAAGAAAUAUCUCGCAGAUAAUGGAUAUACUGUACCUACGAGUAAUCCGGGAACGUCCACAGAGGAUUCUUGGAACGGCGGCAGUAUUAUAUUUCAAGGUUCAUCCGGUUACAAUUAUGCACCGACGAUGCAGCAUUCGCAAACGAUGCAAAACUUGCCACCAUCCGGACCGUUGCCACCGCAAUCUAGCUGGGCGAAUACCGUGCCAGCGAGAAGCAGAGGAAGAGGCAGACUCAGACCCGAGGAGUUGGAAGCUACGGCUGGUAGCAUUUUCAGACCUGUCACUCCUGAACAAUAUUCUGCGCCAAGUUCCAGAUCUCAUACACCCAGUCAGGAAUAUAUGAACCGGUCUUACGAUCGUCGUGGUAGCAACAGUACGUAUACCAGCAUGGAAAGUUUGAGCCGCACUGACAGCAUAAUGAUGCCACCGCCGCCACCAUUAUCCACAUCACCCGCAACUUCGCAAUCGAAUUCGAACAGAGGCUACAAGUCACCUGAGAUCCAUCGUAGAGGUGGUGCGACAUCGCCAAUCGCCUCGCAGCAUCGCACUUGCAAUACGCAAAGAGUAACCGCAAACGCAUACGAUCAUAAUUUGGCAUUGGACAAACAGAGCAAUCAACAAACCACGAAUAUUAGCUCAUUGAAAGUCGAAACAUUUAAUCCAUCGUCUAAUACUGCGUCUGAUACUGGUGCAUUCGAUUGGAGCGAAGAAGUGGAAUUGAAUGAGAAGAUGGAAGCGGAAUACUUAAGUCGUAGUUCUUCCAUACUGAGUAUACGUGAGAGUACGAGCAUGCCGCGAAGUCAAGCCGUGGGUGAAAGCUACAAACGACGUAAAAGAAAAAAGAGUGACAAGCACCACGCUGCUGACCGCGGUAAUAGCAAAGGACGAGGCAAUAGUCGCGAACGUCAAAAAAAUCAGCAAAACAGGGAGAAUGACAGCUAUAACAAUAAUCAAAAGAAUAAUAAUAAUAAUAACAGUAGGCGACAUGAUCACAGGAGACAGCGUAAUAUUAUUCAGCGUAGUCGAGAAUCAAGUAAAGACAGGAAUUAUCGCAGCUACAGAAACUUCGACGAUCACAGACACAGAACGGACAGGUACUUAGAUGAAGAUUGGAGAACGGGAAGAAAGAUAUCGAUUUGCGACUCUGACGAUGGGAGACAAACUCCGAAAGUCGCCUCCAAUACUAUUCCGCUUUCAAAUGCGAAUUCGAAUUCAACAACUCAUGGAUCAUCUCCGACGGGAUAUAGUAACGCUCAACCAGGAGUUUUAAUCUUGCCUGAUACUAAUCAGUCGUCUCCAAAACAAACGGCUACAGGGUCUCAGCAAGGAGCUGGACAACAGCAACAACAACAACAACAACAACAACAGCAGCAGCAGCAACAGAGAACGUUAUUUGAUCCAAAUAAUCCACAUAAACCUAUCGUUAUCACUUCACCUGGAAGUAGAGCCGCGGCACAGAGGGAUAGUGAAAUGCAUGUUUCGAACGUUCUAGUAUUUCAGUCUAAUGUAGGUAUCACACCGUCGCAUCAUUCUUUCCAAGGUGCUCAACUGGAUGGUAUGCCAGCGCCGUACAUGAACGACCAAUUGGGAAACAUAAGACCGGCGUGGUAUGAACCGUAUUCAGUGAGUUUUCACUCGGCGAAGAAUCACUGCCUUCUCUUGGACAUAGAACGCGCCGACCUGGAACUGCAAUGGAUACUAAGUUCCGGUGGUUUUACGUCAUGUUGGGACAGAGUCUCAUAUAUACGGCAUUUCCUACAGCAAAGCUUAAAAAUUCUGCUCGAGACCGAUAUCAAGUUCUGUCAGACAGAGAACGUUGAGCAACACUUCUGGAAGAUAUUGUUUUACAAUCUGAUUGAGAUGCUACGGAAAGCGAUGUCCAAAGAGAGUACGGAGGGACGAGAACAUUACAAGAAGAUAAUGUUGAAUAUCAUUGACGAGGGUACUACUUAUCUGGAGAGUUUACUAACCACUCUAGAGACUACAUAUGACUUCAAGUUGGAUACGUUUCUUGCGUCCUCGAGCCUACCGAAAGGUCUGGGACUCUUAGGACUGGCCUUAGUUAGCGCGCAGAAGAUCUUCGUUUUUUUGGGUGACUUGGCGAGAUACAAAGAACAAGCAAACGAGACGACCAAUUACGGAAAAUCUAGACAGUGGUAUCUGAAAGCACAGCAAAUUAAUCCUAAAAACGGCAGACCCUACAAUCAGCUGGCAUUAUUGGCACAUUAUGCAAGACGAAAAUUGGACGCUGUCUAUUAUUACAUGCGGUCUCUCAUGUCAUCGAAUCCUUUCCAUUCUGCCAGGGAGAGUCUUAUUGCGCUGUUCGACGAGAAUAGGAAAAAGUAUCUACAUUAUUACGAGUCUAUCGAACGUAAGCGGAAGGAAGAAAGGGAGUCGAAGGAGCGGGCGAGGAUGAAGGAGAAAGAAGGCGCUAAUAUCAUCGGCGGCGGGCUCAGGAGAGAGACGUGGAUCCAUCCGGGCGACGGUAGACGGGUGCGGCGUACGACGAGCGCGGCCACUGCCAACGAAGUGAGGCUUUCUCACAGCGACUUGGAGGAGUUAUCGCAAUUAACGAGUGUCGAGGUGAACAAACGAUUCGUUACUUCAUAUCUCCACGUUCACGGCAAGCUCAUCACCAAAAUAGGAAUGGAGACUUUUCAAGAAGCUGGUGUCCAGAUGCUGAAGGAAUUUAGAGCUUUAUUGCAGCACUCGCCGCUACCACUUCCCGGCACACGUUUGCUUCAGCUUCUGGCGCUCAACAUGUUCGCAAUUGAGACCACACAGCUGAAGGAUUCCCAGAUGGAGCAAGGAUACCGAUCGGAGGUGCAAGAACGAGCGCUCGUGGUGUCGCUGCAGAUGUUCAGCCUGAUCUUAGAACGCGGAGUAUCUCUGCUGAAGGCUCAGCUAGACAGCGGGAAGGAACCGAGGCUGGUGGUCGGCGAGGAUCUGCAAGUGCUUCUACCGGCUAUUAAGAUCUGGUGCGACUGGAUGCUCUGUCAUAGCACGGUUUGGAACCCGCCGCCGUCUUGCACGGAUUACAGAGUUGGACCGCCCGGAGACGCGUGGAGCAGAUUGGCGACGAUGGUGAACCUCCUGGAGAAAUUAAAUUACACCAGGACAAGCUUGAUUCAAGGCAAGGAAGCCGAGGGUCGCGAAGAAGAAUUAGAACUAGUGAAGUUGCCCGAGGAUAUCACAUUGGCGGGAUUCACCCCUCUCAUGCUGAAUCCCCAGGAUCCUUCUUACGUGGAGAAAACGGAGGACAUGGAAGUGGCUCAGGUGUGUCUGAGGAUAAGCAAGAUCCUCUUCUUCGGUCAAGUGUUCUUGUGCGGCUUGGAGACACCAGUGCUGAAACUGCAGAAGAGCGAGACCGGUGUCAGCGAAUACGUGUCCGUGGUGGAGGCCUCGAGCACGAGUUCACCGAGUUCGCCGCCGGAGCAGGGAGAGAUUUCUACGACGAAAUUAAUUUACCCUCAGAGCGACUCGGAACUCCUAGUGGAGAGUUACAGCGAAGGGGAGGAGGAAGAGUCGAUUUCCAAGCUGAGGAGAUUACCCUCGUGCAGCGUAGCCGACGAUACGAUGGCUCCCGUCGCGGCGGUCGAGAUAAGGUCACUGAUUGAGAGGAAGGAAGAAUUGGAGAGGCGGCAGCGGAAACAGGAUCGACAUCGGCAGCGGGUGCAGGCGAUCUUGCAGAAGUCCUCGGUGUCGGUGGAGAUCGAGGUGAGACCGAGGCAAUUGGUGCCGGACACGAACUGCUUCAUCGACUACUUGCCGCAGCUGCAGAUCAUCGCCAGGGCCACUUCCGGCGCGCAGCCCAUCUAUAGUCUCAUGGUGCCACUUGUCGUGCUAAAUGAACUAGAAGGUUUGGCUCGAGGCGCCGAUGCGAGAGAUUGUCCACCGGCGUCGAGGGCGGCACUGAAUCCUGAACAUGUGGCGCGAGUGGCUGAGAGCGCCAAGGCGGCAUUGGCCUUCGCCAGAAGCCGAAAUCCGGCGAUCCGGUGCUUAACCACGAGAGGCACCGUUCUCACAUCCAGCACUUUUACGGUGGAGGAAGACGUCGACAAGGAUGGACUGACACGGAACGACGACAGGAUAUUGACUACGUGCCUCAGCCUCUGCAGAAUCAGCAGCAAAGACCAAGCUAACGCAGCAGACGAGGGACAACCGCGGCGUUUGAGACGGGAGGUGGUCCUGCUCACCGAGGAUCGCAACCUCAGGGUGAAGGCUUUGGCCAGGGACGUGCCUGUGAGGGAAGUGCCCGACUUCAUGCAAUGGGCCGGACUCGGCUGAGACACCAGGACGUGAUCGCGAUCAACUAUCUCUGCUGACGAGAAAUCUCCUGUGUUCCUGCCGCGCGAGCUCGACCAGCAAAACCGAACGCAAGACGAGAGGAGGAAGCCGAAGGAAAUGCAAAACCGAUCCUCGUCGCGAAUCUUUCUCGCGGUCGAUUGUCUACCGUGUCGACCGCUCGCACGCGCGCAUGCGACGCUGUAAUUGCGUAAGUGUGCGUCUCAAGUGGGUAUAUAAUACAUUCUCAGCCUCUCGCCCGACAUGAUACACAUCCCUCGCCUUUUUUUUUAUCUUUUUCUAUAUCCCACACAGAGAAAGGGAGAGAGAGAGAGAGAAAGAAAGAGCAAGCGAGUGAAUGAAAAGAUGAGAAGAGAGAAAGAAAGAGAUGAAAGAGCGAAAAGGAAUGCGCUAAUCUGCGUGCGGCCGCGUAAAACUGCGAGCGGUGUAUGACUAUGUACGAGUGACUAGUAAGAAAUCAUCUCGAAAGAACUUGUCGCUUCGGCCGGAAACGCCGAGCCAUUCGAAGGCUCCUCGAGCGUGACCGUGACACUUCCCACCUUUGCAACACCCCCAACUGUCCCGUGUAUCUCGAACGUGUAGACGUAAAAUCUCGACGAGAACUUUUUCGCGCGGUGACGUAUAACGGAUGAGCCGAGAGAGACGCGUUGGGCGCAACCAAAGACGUUCAACCAGGCGUACGGACGUGGCGAGAUAAAAUUGGAUAGAGAAAAAGAGGAAGAGCGAGAACGUGAUGGAGACAAACGAGGACUUGUCGAUGGAGAGAGAGAGAGAGUGAGAAUACUACGAGAACGGUAAAAAAAGAGCAUACAAAAAGAAACCCUACUGUCUUGCAGUUGUUGCCGCUACUUAUAGAUUGUUUUUAUCGGUGACGGUCGCCGCCUAUUGUGGCCGGAUUUGUUUUGCACGAUUCCGUUCGGCGAUGUUCACUUCGUUACGCGAGACACAUCAUUAUCUAUAAGAAGAAAAAGGCCAAAAAAAAGGAGAGAAAACUUUUAUACCAUACGUGUCGGCAUCGCCUUCGUUCGCAGCGAUCGCGAAACGUGUCUUUUUUAUUACCGCCAUCGUCCCAUCGCAAUUCCCCAUUUGACAUUUUCCACAAUGAGAAAGAGAGAGAGAGAGAAAGAGAGGAGACACGACCCUCCCCUCCGUUCCUUACGUUAAUGCCAUUAACGUCAUUACCUGUAAGCUGCCAUAAAGUUAAAUUAUCGGCGACGGUUCAUUUCCAACGAAUGAACAGCGGUAACCGGUUGCGCUGCAUCGCCGUAGAACGAGAGAUGACGAUCGAUCCAACCGCGACACCGAUCGCGCUACGAUCAAGCUCGUGGGGAUGACUUUUCAGAGGCGAUCUCGGGAGCGGCUCGCGUUUCCGAAAGUUCUCGUCCAUUCACGCGCCAGGUGCGCGUCGUGCAAUUACCGACAAUUUUUUGCCUCACUCACAUAAGGUACAAUCGUGCACAUUUGGUUCCACACAAGAAGAUUGUCAAACGAAUUUUUUCGGCUACACAACAUCACGUGUAUUCUGGCGCGUUGAUCGUACGUCGGCUUUUGGGCGGAGACGCUUGCCGAUUGUCUCCCGUGGACGUAUUUACCACACACGUACGCGCGCGUAAACAACGUAGCCAACGAGGUGCGCGGCACCUCUUCUCAUUGCCUGCGGGUACUCGCUUGUGUGGCUUGUACAUUAACACUUGUGGUACGCCGGCUUAAGACUUAGAAGUUUAGCGUAAGAAUAUACGAAACACGCGGAUCGAUUUUGCACAGAGAGAAUUAUCGGCCGCGCGCCUGUAACCGUGGUGUUCUUUAGAAUAUCGGAGAUUAACUUUUUAUCGAAGACGGGGGAAGGCGGGAUAUCUCGGAGCGAUGAUCGCGAUCAUUCCGACACCGUGCGACGAUCAGGACGACGACGACGACGACGACGACAACGACGGCGGCGGCGGCAGCGUCUUGAUCGACGUUGAGUUAGCGCGCAAGAUGUCAGCCUGGCUCCACGCCAUACGUGUGCUUGUCGAUGCGAUCGCGAUCGAGAGAUUAGGAUUUGUAAAGAGAAGCACGCAUCGCCAAUCGAUGUUGCUUGCGCGGAUUGGAAUCGAGCGGGGACGCCCCGGGAUCGCGACUUUUCCCCAGGACGCCCGACGGGUCGUCGGGAGUGAGAGCCGACAUCGGUGUUUCCUUCGUGUCUUUUCGUACUCCUCGUUUUUGCCAGAUACGUAUACGAGACCUUGCGGGAGAGAAACUCGGAAGCGCACGGUGGUGUCGAGACACGCGCGCGACCAGCAAGGAACCGAUCGAGUAGCGCGAACACGAUGUCCUAUUUUUCGACAGAGAUAAGGUAGUUACUUAACAUGCUCCGUAGCGAUUAAGAAGUGCGUGCGUGCGAGAGAAUGUAAGAAAGAGAGGGAGAGAAUGGCGAUUAGACUAGACAUAGAGGAGAGUAGAAAAGAGAAGAGGGAGAGGAAAGGGAGAGUCGGUCAGCAGAGAUGAAUCAAGCGUUCGGCACACUGAAGCAAUCGCAUCUACGAGAAAACCUCGACGUUAUCCGGAAGCAUCGUCUAAACUCUUGUGAAUUAUAUCGACUUGGCAAGCAGAAGAAGAGCCCACCCGCGCAGCCCGGGCGAAAUCGUUUUGUUACACCGCGCCGUUCCGCUCGAGAAACCGUACAUAGUUCGGACGGAGAAGAAAGUCCUCCUUCCGGGUGAGGCUGUCCGCUCGUCGUCGCUUUAACGUCACAAGAAGCAUAUGAAAAUACCUCCUCCGAUCGGUGAAAUCCGUAAGAAAGUGCUCUCGGUCGCACGAAUGACAAAAUUUAAAAGAAAUGCCCGCCCGUGCACGGAGACUCUUCCGCUGCUUUCUCGUGAUUUUUAAUUUUCCCACGGAAAAUCGCAAACGAUCGCGAGCUGGGAACGCAGCGGCGAGUCAGAUUCCGCGAAACACGUCGAGGUCUUAUUUAAGCGUAAGUACUUCUCAAUGUCGCCAGAGACGGUGAAGUAUCGUUUGCUGACGAUACUUCGCCAGGAUUCAGAAUCGAUGCGUCGAGACACAGAGAGAGAGAGAUAGAGAGAGAGAGAGAGAGAGAGAGAGAGAGAAAGAGGCAGAGUAGGUGAGAGAAAGAGAAAAAUGAACUUCACGCCUGUGUGUGCGAACGAGAAGUUGUUCAUACCUCUCGUCCUUCGGCGUGUUCGUUUGCUUUGGCAUCUUUUUUCUUUUUCCCCUACCAUCUUCUUCCUCGACGCCGUUUUUAGCUCAAUUUUUUAUCCGAACCUCCACGACAAGGAGAGAAAGAGAGAAAGAGAGAGAAUGUCGAUGAAGUUGAUAAAAGUUCACGCAAAGCACCGACGAUGUACACACACUGUCAUUAUUUUUCACUAAUUUCUAAGUAUAUCAUUCGUAGACUUUUUAAUGCGCGUGUUCUCGGUCGCCGUAAGUGACCAAUUAAUUCAUACGAAGACAAGCAAAUGUUCCGAGGCGGAAGGAACGCGACAAGUGGCCGGGUGAAAUCGAUUGCGCGAGUGCAGCAUGCAAUCGCCAAUACACAAAAGGAAUUAUCGGCAAACUAUCCCCUUCUCUUUUUUCAAUUGACGUCCAUAUCUGUGCGGGAUGCGGCCUUAGUGAUGUCAAGAGAACGCGAAAAGGUCUAUGCACAAUCGACUGAACGCGUUAAACAUUUUGGUUUAAAUAAUUCGUUAAUUAUAAUUCGUUAUAAUCAUAUAAUAUUAAUGUUCCAGCAUGAUUCUUUAUAAAGUCAUCGUUUUGCCGCUGUGAUUACGAUUGUAAUACGAAAACGAGUGGGAUGUUUGUACGCAAAAUUUGGACGAAAAGUUUCACGUAGUGGAAGACGCGUCUCGAUGGUCUGUUUCUCGCGGUCUGUUUCUCUUGUCGAAAGGGGGAGAGUUUGUCGAUAAUCUCCGCCAACUAGAUGUACGAUAACAAUCAGGGUAUAGUUUGCAAUUGUAUUCCGAGCAUAUCACACAGCGUUUAUCUAUAUCAUCGAGCCCCCUUCUCUGCAAUAGACGUAGAGCAGUGCAAUAGACUCACCACCCGCGCGAAUAAUAUUGCCACCCACGAUAAGACCAUCCGUCCCUCCCUCACGAGCUCACGAUCCAUUUUCGCUGUUUCGAUGUAACAUAUAGCUCCAUCCGAGACUCACUCCGGUCUUUCACUAUGAAAUUGCAUACGUCGAUCUUGUCGCGGCCGACAACGAUCGGCUUGCGCGAUCGAGUUCAUGGUAGCCCGUGCUUGAGAGAGAUAGAAGAGGGAAAGAAAGAAAAACAAAAGUUGGAACGCCUGAUUAUUAGGUAGACAAUUGUCAUAUAAGAUAGACAUCGUGAUUUUUAGAGUACGAUGUAUCCCGGAAGCGGGAUCCCGCCCUGCGGCUCUCCCGCUUCCGAGAUAACUCCCACACCGUAAGUGUACCUAUACCUAUGAAUGUAUAUAGGUAUAUAUAAUUAUAUAUAAUUAUAUAUACAUAUUAUAUAUAAUUAUACAUAUAUAAAUACACCAGUCUCUCACUUCCACCUACCACUCGCAUCCACACACACACACACACAUUCACGCAGCAUACACACGGACACAUACACGCCCGAUUUUAUGCUAGAUUCCCGCAAUAUCUAUUAAAUCUAUAUACGUGUAUUAUCAUGUGACGAAGCACAACUCGUUUGUAUUUCGUCUCAGGAAAAGCUAUUUGCCGAUACAAUUCGAUACGAUGACGACGAUCAUGAUGAACCGCGAAGACGACGAUGAUUUUAGAACGGAAGUUUUUAGGCUAAUCGUUUAUUACACUUAUGAGAAAUGUCGCUACUAUAGUGUUACCACUUUGAAUAUUCAAUAAAAAGUGACGUUGAGCCCCUUUUAGCGUUAUUAUGUUAUGUACCUAUACGGUAAUAUUAUACGAUAUUUAGUAUAUACAA